GCGGGGCCAGGGCUGCGCGUGGGGCUGGGUGUCCCAUUGAAAAGGCGGCCGCACUCCGGCCGUCCGCACUCUCUCACUUCUGGCCAGGGAACGUGGAAGGCGCACCGACCAGGAGCCGGCCAGGGAGGGCAAGGGAAAGAAGGAAAUUAGAAAGAAAGAGGGUUAACAAAAUAAUACAAACAGCGCGAGCCGCGGCUGGAGAGACCGAGACCCGGCGCAAGAGAGCGCAGCCCUAGGGGCAGUGGGACAGAAGACUCAGCAGAGCGCGCUCACCACUGACUUUUGCUUCUUCUGCGUUUUGGUUUUUUUGGUUUUGUUUUGUUUGUUUUUUUUUUUUAAACAAGAAGGCGCUAGCGGCAGCCACACACGCGAGCGCCACGCGAGGCUCCCGAAGCCAACCCGCGAAGGGAGGAGGGGAGGGAGGAGGAGUGGAGGGAGGAGGAAAAGCAUUUGCACCUUCUUUGCUCCCACCCUAAGAAGUCUCCCGAGGAUUUUGUAUUUUUGCAACUUCCCUCCGGGCUCCCUCUCCAUCUCUCCCCUUGUCUGCCACUCCGUUCGUGCCCCCCUCCCCCUCCCCCCUGUCCUGUCUGUGUCCCCUCGCGCGCCCUGCGCCUCGCGUCCCCGCUCGCUCCCAUCCCGCGACUCCUUGGCCGUCGCCGCGCAUGGAGAGCUCUGCCAAGAUGGAGAGCGGCGGCGGCGCCGGCCAGCAGCCCCAGCCGCAGCCCCAGCAGCCUUUCCUGCCGCCCGCAGCCUGCUUCUUUGCCACGGCCGCCGCGGCGGCUGCGGCGGCUGCGGCCGCGGCGGCGCAGAGCGCUCAGCAGCCGCCGCCGCAGGCGCCGCAGGCGCCGCAGCUUAGCCCCGCGGGCGACGGCCAGCCCUCAGGGGGCGGUCACAAGUCAGGGCCCAAGCAAGUCAAGCGACAGCGCUCGUCCUCGCCCGAACUGAUGCGCUGCAAACGCCGGCUCAACUUCAGCGGCUUCGGCUACAGCCUGCCGCAGCAGCAGCCGGCCGCCGUGGCGCGCCGCAACGAGCGCGAGCGCAACCGCGUCAAGCUGGUCAACCUGGGCUUCGCCACCCUGCGGGAGCACGUCCCCAACGGCGCGGCCAACAAGAAGAUGAGCAAGGUGGAGACGCUGCGCUCGGCGGUCGAGUACAUCCGCGCGCUGCAGCAGCUGCUGGAUGAGCAUGACGCGGUGAGCGCCGCCUUCCAGGCGGGCGUCCUGUCGCCCACCAUCUCCCCCAACUACUCCAACGACAUGAACUCCAUGGCCGGCUCGCCGGUCUCAUCCUACUCGUCGGACGAGGGCUCUUACGACCCGCUCAGCCCAGAGGAACAAGAACUGCUCGACUUCACCAACUGGUUCUGAGGGGCUCGGCCUGGUCAGGCCCUGGUGCGAAUGGACUUUGGAAGCGGGGCCAUCGCACAACCUGCAUCUUUAGUGCUUUCUCGUCAGCGAUGUUGGGAGAAAAGCAGAAAAAAGAAGAGAAGAAGAAAGCAAACAAAUUCCAGGCAACCAACCUCUAUGCCAACUAAGCGUCACAUGCGAAGCAAGGCUCUGGCAAAACAAGGAUGCGCUCAGAACAGUAUCUCUGCACUCCAACCAUUCACGGAGAUAGAAAGAGUGACUAGGGCCUGAGUCAAUGCACAAAACGCCACUUGUGUGCAAAACUAGUGGGCUCCUGGCAGAAAGGAGCAGCACACGCCCUCUAGGAACUCCCACCCACCACUAACAGGCAGAGCUGACCUUCCUGCCCUCCCUGAAAGCGCAGUUCAUAGCCCUCUAGAAAUGGGUUGGUGUCUUUCGUCUCUGUUUGCCCCCACCCUGAUAAGCUUUGGACACUUUUCUUCAGUGAAAUUGUGCUAUACUCAGUCCUUUAAAGCCCCAAUUGGUGGGGGGGGGUCCCCAAGCUCCACUCCCUCACACCACCUUUUCUACCAUUUUCAUCAUAGAAUGCUUCCAAUCUUUUGUGAAUUUUUUUUAUUAUAAGAAGAAUCUAUUUGUAUCUAUCCUAACCAGUUUGGGGAUAUAUUAAGAUAUUUUUGUACAUAAGAGAGAGAGAAAAAUUUAUAGAGUUUUGUACAAAUGGUUUAAAAUGUGUAUAUCUUGAUACUUUAACAUGUAAUGCUAUUACCUCUGCAUAUUUUAGAUGUGUAGUUCACCUGACAACUGCCAUGUUCCCUAUGUGGUUUUGUAAAGACCUGUCCUCAUAGGUGAGAUCAAAAGGCCACCAGAUGUACUUCAGCACCAAUGUGUCUUACUUUAUAGAAACUUUGUUAAUGUAUUAAUGACAUUAUUAAAUACUGUUCAAGAAGAACAAAGUUUAUGCAGCUACUGUCCAAACGCAAAGUGGCAGCCAGUUGGUUUUGAUGGGUUGCCUUUUGGGAAAUUUCUAUCACUGCCCCCCCUUUUUUUCUUACUGUUUUAUUACAAACUUACAAAAAAAAAACCCAUGUAUAACCCUGUUUUAUACAAACUAGUUUCGUAAUAAAACUUUUUUCUUUUUUUACAAAU